AAAUUUACAAUCGGCAUCAGUAAACUGAUCAUCAUCCAGUGUGGUACAGAAGUGAAAAAUAUGAAGUCGGUUGCUUUUCUUGCCUUCUUGGCGCUAGCGUCUGCAGGACCAAUUUCUUACCCUUUCGCCCAAUCGAGCCAAUACGGACCAGCAUCAUAUGGGUAUGGUAGUGGUUCUGCAUAUGGCAGCUACGGAUAUGGAAGUUAUGGCUAUGGCGGAUAUGGACCAGUAAGUUCUUACGCUAGCAAGUACUUACAACAAGCUCAAGCCUAUGCUGAAGCUGCCUUGCAAUCUGCUCAAGGAGUUGCCCAAGAAUCUGAAGCCCAACAAGGUAUUUCUUACAUCAACGAACAAAUUCAACAAGGGCUGCGGUAUGCACAGUCUGUUUACCAAGCCGUUCAAGAAGGUUCUUAUUCAGCUUCAUACAUUGCCCAACAAAUCCAGUUUGCUCAACAAGCAUUCUACAAUGCCUACCAAGCUGCUCAACAAUACAAUUACCGUGCUACCGCUGCGCAAGCCCAAAAUGCUUUUAGAGCAGUGUCGAGUGCAUACCAAGCUUUCUAUACCUUAGGGGCAUAUUAUGGUUAUGGAUACUCAUCAGCCGCUCCUAAAUUCCAACAAUAUGCUCCAAAAGGUUAUAACGGAUAUUCUUACAACUAUGGACCAUACAGUUCAUCUGGAUAUGGUUAUGGAUCUGCGUACGGGUAUGGACCUUACUCUUCUGAAGAUAGUUCAAACUCCCCAUACAGUUAUGCUGGCUAUGGCAGUUACUACGGACCAUACAGCUCUAGCUACUCCUAUGGACCUUACAGCUCAUCCGCUUCUGGUUACUCAGGAUACCCAUACGGUUAUGACUCAGUAGCUGAAUACUCUGGACCUUACAGCUAUUCUUCUGGAUACUCCAGUUCAUAUGGAUUCCCUUACGGUUAUGGAUCUGGAUACAGCGGAUAUUAUGGUCCAUACAGCUCUAGCUACUCCUACGGACCUUUCAACACUGCUUAUGAUUCUUCAGUCUACCCCUACAGUUACGGAUCUGCAUCCUACCCCGGAUACAAUUCCUAUGCAUACGGGUCUAACUCUUACCCAUACAACUCUUAUUCUUACGCCUACGGAUCCUAUCCCUACAACUCUUAUGGUUCAUCUAACUAUGGAUAUUACGGUCCAUACAGUUCAUCUGCCUACUCUGGUUCUUACGCCCCAUACAGUUACAACUCAUACAAAGGCUACACCCCAUACCAAUAUGGAUCUUUCAGUGCUUAUCCAUUCUCUUCCUAUGGAUAUGGUCAAAACGCUGCUGCUGCUGCCUAAACUGCCAAACCAUGAAUACACAACAUUGAAGAUCAUAUGAUAUGUAUUGUUUUUUAAUAUAUAGAAAUAAAUUAUAAUUUCUUGUUACCA